AUGGCGGAUCCACCUCAUAGAAUCACCUUAAGGGAAGCCAGAGCUCCUGAUAUUAAUUUGCAACCGAUACAAAUCCGGUAUCCGGCUUUGGAUCCAAAUUUUGAGCUCAAGACCGACACGAUAAACUUGCUCCCCAAAUACAAUGGACCACCCAAAGAAGACCCUCUUAAGCAUCUUAAGGACUUUCAAGUAGCAUGCUCCACUGCAAGAAGACAUGGUGCGGAUGAAGUGGCAGUUUUGGUAUUCGCUUUCCCUUUCUCUUUGGAGGGAAAAGCGAAGGAAUGGUUCUAUACUCAACCGGGAGAUGUGAUUUCUGAUUGGGACUUGCUGCGUAAGGAAUUUCUGGAAAAGUUUUACCCACCUCAGAUGACGGAUAAGCUGCAAAAGGAAAUCUCUUGCAUUGUGCAAAGAGAUGGGGAGACUCUUUAUGAGUACUGGGAUAGAUUCAAGAAGUUGUUGGAAGCUUGCCCUCACCACCGUAUUGACGAGUUGCUUCUUCUAGAUGCCUCUAGUGGAAGAUCCCUCACCAAGAAUAAGACCACUGAGGAAGCCUGGGAAAUCAUAGCGGACUUGGCGGACUCCAUUCAUCACUCAAGGGCGAGAAAUCCACAACCAAAAGCUUUAAGUGAAGUUUCUCCUUUCAGAGAUGCCAUUUUGACUAAGACCCUCGGUGAGAUGACAAUUUUGUUGAGACAAAUCACCCAAGGGCAACAAAUUCCCCAAGCUUUGCUAUCUCCUCCACCUCAACCUCCAAGAAUUGAAGGACCACCAAGAUCAUGCGGUAUUUGUGCUUGUAACAACCAUUACACUGAUGAGUGCCCUCAACUCCAAGAGGAUACUACAUUAGCAGUAGCCAAUCCAUACCCACAAAGGUCCAACUAUAAUCAAGGAACUCAUCUACAUGUAGGAAAUCAAAAUCAAGAGUGGAGGGAUAAUUCUAAUCAAAGGUGGAAAAAAGCCCCUCAAGCUCAACCAUACCCAAACGUGCAAGCCUACUCUCAUCAACCUACCCAAAGUCAACCACAAUACCAACAACCCUACCAACAAUACCAACAACCACCACAAUCUCAACCUCAAGGGAGGUAUCAACAUCCAAAUAGUAGAUCUAACCCUCUUCAAGGCAAUCAAGCCCUUCCUCCUAAUCAACCUUACAUGAAUGACACACUUCAAACCUUUAUGCAAGAGCAACGGGAGUUUCACAAGAAACAAGAAACAUAUAUGGCUACUAUUGCCGAAGCUCUCUCCCAUUUGUCUCUUUCUCCUUCGACUACACAAAAUGUCCAACAAGCCUCAACUUCUAGUGGUUUACCCUCUCAACCCCAACCAAAUCCAAAGGGGGGCAUCAAUGAUAUCACCCUUAGGAGUGGCACCAAGUUGGAUGAAAUUGGUGUUGUGCCUAUAAGUUUGAGUGAGGGAACCCACAAUGAAGAGGUGGGAGAUGAUGUGGAAGUGAUGAAGGAUGAGAAGAAAAAUGUUGCGAAAGAUGAAGAGGAACCACUCAAGGCUAAGGAGCCAAAGAGGAAGAAUCCACUUGAGGAGCCUAUGCCAAUUCCAUUUCCAACUUUGGCUAAGAAGGCUAAGAAGAAAGAAGAACCUAACCCUAACAUGGUGGAAAUUUUUAAGAAUGUUGAAGUCACCAUCCCUCUCUUUCAAGCCAUUCAACAAGUGCCCAAGUAUGCCAAGUUCCUCAAAGAUGUUUGCACACAUAAGGACAAGAUUGGCGAAUUCAACAAAAGGCCGGUAGAUGAUUCUAUUUCUUCUCUAAUUCCUGAAAAAUGCAAUGAUCCCGGUCCAUGUUUGGUUACUUGUUUAAUUGGUGGGAUUAAGUUCUUGGACUGUAUGUGCGACUUGGGGACGUGCGUAAGCAUUAUACCACUCUCCAUUUAUGAGAGAUUGAACUUAUCACCCCUAAAGAGGUCCGGGGCGAGAUUUGUGUUGGCCGAUAAGAGCAUUGUAUCAGUUUUAAGGAUUGCGGAAAAUGUCCUAGUUGACAUCCAAGGUUUACUCUUCCCGGUAGAUUUUCACAUCUUGGAGACCCCUCCCAUUGACUCAGACAAGCCAUCAUCCAUUCUACUUGGAAGACCAUUUUUGAAGAUAUCCCAGUUCAAGUUGGAUGCACAUUCAGGAGUUUAUUCUUUCGAGGCCGAUGGCAAGGUAGUAAAGUUCACUUUGGAGGAAUCCAAGAAACCCAUUCUCGAAGCCUACUCUAUCUUUGGGUGCGAUAUAAUUGAAGAUAAAGUGAUUGAGGUUGGCAAAGAACAAGAAGAAGAAAAUGUUGCCAAGAAGUCUAAUUCAAUGGAUCACACUCAACCCAAGAAUGCUAAGGAGAUGCAGAUGAAAGGUAAAGCACCGGUCACACCACUGGUUGUACAACCAACAAUUCAUCAUCCUAAUAUUUGGUGGGAUCGCCGAGGUGACAAACUAAGUACUUUGGUUAACCGAAGAGCCGACUCUCAAUAUGAAGCAAUUGAGAAGAGAACAAUCCAUUGGGAGCGGACACUGAAGGUUCCAAGCAAGUACAAGGUGAUUAUUCAUGAAAGGAUUACCUCACUUCAUUAG